AUGAAUCUUAGCUUCGAGAAGAAUGCCUCGAGUCCUUUCUACAACCCGAACGGAGACGGCUCUCGGCCACCGGACGAGCCGUCUUCGCCCGAAAAUAAUCCGCCCGCACCUCCUGCGACAGCGCGGCCGCCGGCCUCUAGCCGCGAAAUACCUAUCCCUUCGAACAAAGCCCUCUCCUCACACUUAGGACCCCCCAAAUCCGAGACCCAGUCUUCAAAAUCCUGCAAGAAAAUUCAUCUGGUACGCAGUCCUUUUACCGACCUUCCUCCCGUUCGGGCCAUGAGGGAACUCGCACCGCCUCAGAUCGGCUCCGGAUUCGGGACGGCGGCCGAAGACCCCAUAGCGUUGUGGUUGAAACUGGGUGCCCUGGACAAGCUGGAACAGGCUCUUCUCGAUGGAUACUGGGAGCAGCUUGUCGGCAAGACUUCCAGAAUUCCCCAAGUUUCACGAUUUCUGCGGCACGUUCCGAUAGUCCAGGCACGGAUUGAAGAAAUCCAUGAAAGCGUCGCGCAGGGAAAACUCGACAUUGUGAGAGGUUUGAUCGACCACAAGAAGUUUGCGUACUGCCGUGACCCACAAGGGGCAACUCCUCUACACAAGGCCGUUUUGUACAAUCAGAGCAACGUAAUCGGCUUCUUCCUCGAACACUUCCCCAGUACGCUCCAUGCACGAGACCACCAAGGACGCACUCCCCUACAUUAUGCGGCCGUGCUGGAAGAUGAUGCCGAUAUCUACAAUGCUCUUCUGGAUCAUGGAGCAGACGAAAACGCCACAGAUGUCUAUGGUCACACGCCGACAUACUACCUCGAAUCGGACGAGCUUAGCGUAGACCAACUCCGCGAUGGUGUGAGACGGUCGGCUCGCUAUCGUGAGAGUCACCAUAGAAAUCACGAGAACCGAGCGAAGCAUCGUGACAGCCUAGUGAAGAAUAGGAGUUCCUCAGCCAAACGUGCCGGAAGUCGGAGCCAAGUUCGAGAGAUGAUCCAGCAAGGAAAUCUCGAACUUUUAGAAGAAAUGGUUCUCCAUGGUCACGGUGAUAAACUCCUUGGAGAAACGUCGUCUGAUGCCGUCGUUCAGGAGUUCCUCGACACCGUUCCCGGAUACAUGGAACAGAUCAGCGACGUCCAUCGAGCUGUCGUUCGAGGCCGCUUGAGAGAGGUCCAGACCUUGAUCAGCCACAAGUCAUUGUCCCUCGCGAGGGACACCAUGGGCUUCACGCCCUUGCACAAGGCCGUCUUAUAUGGUCACUUCGACAUAGUUGAACAUUUAUCUGUGAACUUCCCUCAAAGCAUGGCGGCGAAGGAUCUCGAGGGAAGGACGUCGCUACAUUUAGCUGCCGGACUCCGCGACGGCCAGAAGGUCUACGAUUGCUUGAUAUUCGCUGGAGCCCCGACGAACGUGAUAGACAUGGGGAAAACACCGGAACAGUACCUGAGCCAUCCCGAGUUGCUGGCAAUCGAGCAAACGGUCAAGAAGAAUCAGCUCGCAAACGCAACCUACCUAGGAAAUACAAUUCCGAAAUUGAAGUUCCUCUCACCUAACGUAACAAAAACCCAGAGCGCUCUUCAUGACCGUCUGCUAUUUACUUCGAAUCUUCUAAACUACGAACGAUCUUUGGAGGGCUCGGAUAGUUCGGAAGCGUCUCCGCUUUCACCGCCGAGUCCCCUCUACGAAGACGGCAACAACAACUUCCAUCUAAGCUAUCUUAGAGCCAUGGUGCCGCCUCCGUCUUAUAGACGCUAUUCACGAGGACGCCUCCCACCUGUCGAGAUUCAAGGCGAGUUGGUAACCGCUGAAAAGCUUCGCGAGUGGAUUGAGGAUCAAAAUGUUGAAAAGCUUCAUGAGGCUGUGAUGAGCGGUAUCGCAGAUCAGGUGGCCAGAGAACACCCCAGAGAUGAGGUCAUCCAAGCGUACUUGAGGCACGACGUUCCUAACCUCAUGAAGAAGUUUGAAGCGAUACACCGAGCUCUGCAAGAAGGCAACGUUCCCGAGCUGGAAAGCCAUCUAGAAUCUCAAGAUUUCGCCCUGGCGCGGGACCAUUUUGGAAUGACUCCAUUGCAUCGAGCGGUGAUUCUUAAUAACGUGGCGUCAGUGAAGUUCCUGGUGAACAGAUUCCCGGAAACUAUCAACGCCCGCGACAGAGAAGGUCGUACGGCUCUCCAUUUCGCUGCCGCCAUAGCUCGACGGACAGGCAAGAAUGGAACAUUCAGAUACUUGGUACAAAAUGGUGCAGAUGCCAGAAUAAAGGACAACCGAGGGCGCGCAGCGGAAUACUACAAGACGCAUCAUCUACCAAUUCCGACAGAGGCUGCUCUGCUAGGAUCGCGGCGGAAGCUCCGAAGUAAAUCGGAACCGCCGAUGAGAAAUGGCUUCAGGAGUCAGUCCAUUCUCGCCAAUCAGAUUUCUGAGCGCAUAACCACGGCUCUUCAGAAAGGAAGCGUUCCGUUAGCCCAAGAACUCGUGAUGGAAGGCUACGGAAGGCACUUGAUCGGAAGGACGAGUUGGAACGAGGAACUGCGCCAUUACUUGCGGCAAGUCCCGACCCAGAUCAUCAGCAUAGAGAACGUGCAUAGAGCAGUCGAGACCGGUGAUCUCGAAACGGUCAUCAUUUCGUCCAAUCGGGACGAUGCCCUCUUGCGAGCUCGAGACGAGAAUGGCUACCAGGCAAUCCACAUCGCCGUAGUCAAUCGACAAGCUAACGUUGUCGAAUAUAUCGCCAACAACUAUCCUCAAUACUUAACCGCCAAAACUCUGAAUGGUCGCCAGCCUCUGCAUCUUGCUGCUCUACAGAAAGACGCCGAAAUUUACCGCCUACUCGUCAACUACGGGGCCGACGUCAGAGCCCUCGACGCUAGGGGGCGAACAGCAGAAUAUUACAUGAGGAGUGCGGGAGCAGCGAAGAAUCUCGCCACGAAUCCAGGUCGUUUCUACGACGACCAUUCUCGACGGAUGGGAGCUGCUCCUCUCCCGGCUCUAGGCAGUGCAUUCUCCCGCAAAUCGAUGCCCGAUGUGAAUCGGGUAGGACGCGACGCCCGGACUCGAACCAACAGUGAAUCGAGUGUUGUAAGCGAUCAGGACGAUCACCAGAACGGAGCCGACAAAGACGGAGCUCGUGAAGAGGAGAUUGAUUCCGGAAUUCAAAGCGGGAGAGAAAAAACCUCCAGCGAAGAACGCUCCGAAGCUAUAGAAGAUUUCGCGCGGGUCAGUGCGCAAGAGCUCAUCGAGGAAACGGCGCGGAGCUUUCUAGAGACUCGAAACGCGGGGGAGAAUCUCGGAGCGGACGAAGGCCGUGAGGCGUCCUCGGAGGGGAAGGAGUCCGGAGAUGGGUCCGAAGACGAAGUAGACGAUGGUAGUCGGGACGAGGAAGCAUCUUCCCGAGCACCGGCUUCGAGUGCAGACGGAGACGACGUCGAUACCGUCGACUUCGCGACGGAUUCAGAGAGACCAGAGGGAAUCGUCGACGUGGAUCCGGACGCCGAAGCGCUCGAAGGGAAAAGAAGGAAUUCAGAAGAUGACGAAGAGGAGGGAUCAGUGGAGUUAUCAUCGGUAGUCGAAAAGGAUCUGAUUGUCGACACUCGAGAUCCUGGAGGAGAUUCGGAUGCGGAAAAACCCAACAUCGAAGGAGAAUUAUCCUCCGAAGAUCGGAGUGAGGGGAAUGAAGCGAUAGAUGGAGAAGAAACCGAUGAGGGGGCAGAAGCGACCUCGGGGGACAAGCAGAACAGGGGUGGCACUGGAGGAAUGAGGGAAUGGAUCAGGGGAAUCCUGGCGGAGCGGCAGACGAAUUCCGAGGAAGACGGCGCUGAGCCGGGUCGACCCCCUCUGACGCCGCAGAACUCGCUCGCUGCGGAACAAGACUCUACGGAGAAUUUCGAACGAUCCCUCUCAACCAUACCCGAAUCCGCAUCUCCGCUUGGGUAUGCAGAGCCGAGAGACGAGGAUGGGGAGAAUCACGAAGCGCCUGCUGGAGAACUGGACAACAGUAAAAACUCCGACCGGACUGGGUCCGAAGCGGAAACUGACGAAAUCGACACCACGAACGAACAUUCGAAAAACUCUUCGGAGAACUCGGAGAAGUCCACUUCGAGCGAGGUAGUCGAUACGGCCCAAGGAGAGGACAAGGAUCCGCAUGGGGAUCCGGAGGCCUCGGGGACGAUCGGAGAGACCGCCGGAGGGGAGGAAGAUUCUGUCGACGAUAUCGGAAGUCCAGGACUCGCACCCCUGACCACAGAGAACCGGGAGCAGCUUCCGAAAGAACCGGACUCUGAAAUGUCCACUUCGGACGCACCCGACGACGAAAAUCUCGCGAGAAGCGACAAUCUGGAAGGCCCAACGGGGUCUGGACAAGAUGCGAUAGACUACAGCGAACAUCCCGAAAAGACCGCGGAGGAUGGGGACGACCACGCGGGGCAAAGGAUCGCAUCAGGAACCGAAACCGUUGUAGAUGGACCAGAUUGUCGCGAUAUCAGCGAGGAAGAAUCCGGCAAAGAAAUUGGACCGAAUGACCAUACAGAGGUCGUCGAUGUCGACGAGGAGGUCGCAGGAGGGCUCGGGGAGCAGCGCGAUGAAAUUCAGCCGGAGGAAGCGGCUCACGAUGAAACAACGGAAGCACAUUGUCGAGAGGAUGCCGCUGAAGCUCCCGAGAGCGCUUACAUUGGAGUGCCACAGUCGCUUGACCCCGAAGUGCCCUCGGAAGAUGACGUCACGCCUCCUGUCGCUCUGGCGGCGGAGGAGAAGGACGCGGGCAAGUCGGAAGACGCCGAAGAAGACGCUUCACUCGUCGAGGGAACGGGGGCGGAAGGGGAGCAAGCAGUCGGAAUAUCCCUAGAUGACGGCGGUGACGGCAGUAAUGGGCAGCCGGAGAGUCAAGGGGAUAGCGGCUCCCCGAAUCCCCCUGAGCCGAUUCAGACUGCAGCGAUUGCCACGUCUGAGUCGGAAGAAGAAACCGUGGCGAAGAAUGCGAUCCGCGAAAAUGGGCAAGGAGAUCCUGAUUCCGGUCCGGAUAAGGGAGGGGAGACUUUCGAAGCGUCUGGUGAGAAUGAGCACGGGGCCCGGGUCGCUGGCGAAGCUUUUCCAGAGAACGCUGCUCUGGACGCUACGAAAACCCCGGUCGAUGAAAAGGCGACUAGAGCUCGGAGCAGGAGCAAGAAGCGAAAGCAAGCCGCUCGUAUGAAGGCGGCGAUGGAUCGCCUGAAUGAACUCAUUGACUAUUGGAUCAAAGAAGAAGACUUGUUGCGUCUAGAACACGUGGUUAUCGCGGGUCAGGGCGAUCGACUCGUCGGUAAGACGUCGCCCAAUCCUCAGGUGCAAGAGUUCCUCAGUCUCGUUCCGACCUAUAUGGAGAAGAUCCGGCAAGUCCACCAAGCCGUGAUCAAAGGAGACGUGAAAGAAGUGAAAGAGCUUCUGACUAGGAAAAGGUUCGCUCUGAGCAGAGACGUGAACGGAGCCAGUCCCUUGCAUUUAUCAAUUCUCUACGGCCAUCCCGAAGUUCUCAAGUACAUCGUGGAGUUUUUCCCGGAAACUCUAGACGGCCCCGAUAACGAGGGCCGGACUCCCCUUCACUACGCAGCUGUUGCUCCCGCCAUAGACGUGAACUUCUACGAAGUCCUGAAGCAAGCUGGAGCGGAUAUCAAUAUCAAGGAUAAAAACGGAAACUCGGCAGACUACUACCGAACGCAUCCAGGCGUGCUCACGAUUGAGGACAUCUUCAGGAAUUAUCAGGUCUCUCCCGAGGAAGAUAUGGCAACAAUCGAAACAUUCGAAAAGCCACAGACUCCACCGAAAUCCGCGUCGAACAUGACCGACGUGAAGCAAGAAGUCAGGGAAACUGUCUCCAACAUGAUUCGAGAGUUGAAUAAGGAGGAGCGCGGGUACGUAGAGGGAAGCGGAGUUGAAGCUGUGUUAGUCGAUGCCCUGAUUGUGGUGUGUGCCAAGCGACCUUCGACUCCCGUGAGUUUCCUGGGAGAUUAUCUUUUGAGCGUGUCGCAAGCCACACCUCAGGACGCUCCAACAACCGUCGCGAAUGAUUCUUCGAUGAAGACCGACAGCUUUAAAGCUGAAGUGACCAAAGUAGAAGCGAAGUCGACCGCGAAGUCGAAGGCGGCACCUGUUCCUGGAAAAGAAUCUGAACCAAAGCCUAAGAGCGAAAUGAAGCCAACGGAUGAGAGGCGGACAGUUGAGCUGAGAACCUCUGCUACCCCUUCCGAAGGGACACCGAGAGCCUCUCCGAAGCCAGGGAUGAGUUCGACUGAUGCAAAGCCAAUCCUUGAGCCGAAAGCCGAGUCACCGAGAACCAGGCUGUCGGAAGCUUUAUCAAGUCUAUCGACCGUUUCGACUUCGGCUCCAACGACCUCGGAAGAUAAACCCGAGCUCACGUCCCCGGAGAUGUAUUCUUCCACGAUGAAAACGCUGCCCCAGCCUAUGGCGAGUCCACGUGGGCCGGUUGCAGACUCCGCGGAAGCCGUCAAGAAUGCGGGUUCUCCGCCCGGCCCCCCUCUAGUAGCCCCAAUGCAACCGUUAGGCACUGCACCGAUGAUGAGUGUUAUGUCUCAGAGUGCCGUCCCAAGUGGGAUUCUGAAACAGUCAAAACCAGCAACAAUAAUCUAUAAAGACGAUCUCUUCGAAGACGACGAACGAUAG